AUGUACCACAAGCUGACCGUGGCGUACCAGAACUACACCAAGUUCAACGUCAGGGUGUGCAAGCCAGACGCCGUGCUUAUCUCAGGCAAGAAGUUCUCCCGAUCCUACAUCAGGGAGUUCUACGCCAACGUCAAGGAGCGUUUCGAGUCCAACCUCUCUGACCUGCGUCAGUAUUUCGACAAGGUCUUGUCUGUGCAGGCUGUUGCCGAUGCCACGCUGAACUCUCCCACUGCCAUCGAUGUUGCUGAGAAUAGAAUCAAAACCAAGAAUUCGCUGUUGCUGUUGAUCAACGAGACGGCUCUGGCCAAUGUUGUUCCUGAUUUCAAGCCCAAUGUCACCAUCGAUUCACAGGAGGUCGCCAGGUUAGUCGCUGAUAUGGGAGUGUGUGUCAUGUGGAUGAUCUACUUUUCUGCCACCGGGCCCUACAGGUUUCCUGAUAUACUGAUACUGAAGUAUGCUGGUAACCAACGUAACCUGUUUGUGGACCCUGAGUCUCGCUGCCUGGACAUCAUUACUGAGUAUUCCAAAAACAGAGAGGGCAAUCCAAUGUGCAAGACCCUGGACAAGGUCACCUCAGACCACCUUUUCUACUACAUCAUAGUUGCACGUAACAUGCUGAAGCACGCCGUGGGGACCGAGUAUGCUGAUAUGAAACGGGACCUGUUCAACGAGACCAACGGUGCUGCUGAGGAGUCGUUGCUCAACGGCUACCUGGCUAGGUC